AUGAUGAGUUCAAAGGAAUUAACAACAUUGGUCAAGGAAUACUCUGGGAGUGGAGUACUUGAAAGCUCCUGUAGUGAUAAACUGGUUGUUAGGGAGUUCGGCGAUUCUGGUGGCGAGGAGAUAGAUAUAGGGGUUGUAUGGAAUAGGGACAUAUUGCCUCAUUCUUGGUAUCAAGAGCAGAUGCUCGACCGAAAAAAAGCGAAAAGAUAUGAACGCAAAAUCAGAAAGGCCGAAGCAAGGGAUAUAUAUCACAUGACACCUAAGAAGCUCUCCAAGGCUUUGACCUUUAUAGACCUAGCAAUACUGCGGAGAAUUACUCCAAACGAGCUAGUUGACUAUGAUGGGUUGGGAAGCGCCGAAUGCAGAAAUAUAAGGCAUAUGAUGUCCAAGAAUUCAGGGCUUACAAACUUUGUUUCCGAUGAGCUGUUAAGAGGGCAGAAUUACAGAUACUUUUUCAAGCUGCUUAAACAUUUGGAAAGAAUAGGAAACUACAAUUCAUUCUACUGUGUUGUUAAGGCAUUCCAGAUGCAAAAGCUUGACCUAAAGAGAUUGAACACCCUAUCUGGACACAUGGAGAAAAGUGCGAGCUAUUUUGACAUGAGGCAGGUUUUGGAUGACCUAACGACAAGCGAUACGUUUCUUAUAUGUCCUAUGGAUGUAUAUAUCAAAGAUGUGGAGGAAUCUAAUAGAACCAGAAACAACGAGGUGGCAUCGAUGAGGUUCUGUAGGCUAGUGGAAAUAUUAAUAAAGCUACAGAAUCAGGCUCUAGACCUGGACAUAUCCCACACUGACGAGCAUUUCUUGCUCAGCAAGUUUUGGCAUUAUUUCCAAAGAGGUUCUUCCUCUAGUAGGAGAGUUGAUGCAAAAAGAUAUGACGGGCAGUUUCUACUCAUAUGA